AGGAGCGCUUCAGCUUUUAUGACGAGUGAAUAGCAGUUUUCUCCUGUAUCUGUUCAGAAUCACAUCAAGAUGAUGAACCCGCGCACCGCUGCAGCACUGCUGGAGGUGAACGGCACCGCCAGCAGAGAUGAGAUAGCCACGGCCUACAAGCGGCUAGCCCUGAAAUUUCAUCCCGAUAAGAACCGCGACCACGUGGAAUGCACAACGGAGGCUUUCAAGCUAAUCCAGGCGGCGCGCGAGGUGUUGCUGGAGGCCACAGUACCAUUUUACAAACCGGAAGACAGCCCGUACGACGAGGAGCGGCAGGAGGCGGUCGAGUUGAAAAGACGCCGGGAACAAAGCGAGGAAUUGCUAACCGGGGUCAGUGGCGGCCGCGCGUUUUUCCGUCGGACUCGGAGAAGGAACAGCGCAAGUGCGGAGGACGAAUUUUUGGAUGGCGUUGACGAUCUUCCUCGCGAGUUGGGAAAGGAAGCAACUGCUGCAGGAGGUACAACUUGUAGUACUGGCCGACGCAAAAAUUCAACUGGUGGGGGAAAAAAACCAGGCGACAGGUGCAGUGAAUCCAUAGCCGCUGCGACGUUGCAGGGAUGUCGCGGCCUGUGGCGAUGUCAGGUACAGAUGCGUACUUAGUUGUAGCUGCGUGUUGCGAUGAAAGCUGCAUCGGAAUGCUCAUCAAGGUGAAAUAAGACGACGAAGACGCGCCAGUGACCACAGGAUUUAGAAGUUGAGAGAAUCAAGCUAGCUUCCAUGAUCAAAUUUUCUGCCACCGACUACUACCCAAAGGUUUGCGGCAAGGAUUGCCUUGCUCUGCGAGACAACGCCGUUUGCGGUCGUUGUGGCAACCUGCUCAAGAUGCACACCGGUGUGGGGCACUCGCUUUGUCACCAGGGGCAGUACUGCCCGGGGUUUCAGCUGAAAGUACGCAGUGCCCGCUGUCCCUGCGGACACGCUCCUGAGGACCACGUCUGCAUCUUUUUUCGGGAUCGCACCACCGGUACGGGGGCUACUUCAAAUAUGUUUCAUUUUGCGGUACAAUAUGUUCCAUUUUCUAAAUUCGUGUGCGGUGUGCCAGUGUUGAUGUUACUUAUGGUUACAAGAUGGGGGUCGGCCGUUUGGCCGACCCUAUCUUGAUGGACAGUGGGCAGCUAGAAAAAACAGCCCCAAGAAGAGGGCGACUUGACUUCGAAACAUAAACCCCAGCGGCCAUACGCCCCCGAGGCCCCGCCAGGGCUUGUCCCCGAGGACAGCGCGAGCGGCUUUGCGAGCGCAGGCAAGCCCCGAGACCUUCCCCAAGGCCUUUGCUCCGCCUCCCCAAGGCCUAUGCCAGACUGCCUCCCUCGCGCAAUGCUUUCGAUUGCUUUGCAUCGGCUAGCAGGCUCGGCCCACCAGGAUAUGGCGUUCGUAGGCCCUGCAAAGGCUUUGCGCCGCCUCGGCCACAAUGUGCGUGGCAGCCGCCUCAUUGGCCAGGCAGGAAGGAUCUGGCCGCGGCUAGCAGGCUUCCAUCCUCCGCCUAAAUAAAUCUAGCUGCGCCGCACAACCCCGGCCGCGAUCAGUGAGCUGGGUGGCUGGCAUCAGCUAGCCCGAUCGUAGGCUGAGUGGCCUCGCCACCCAGAAUCUUGCGCCGGCCUGCCGCCCCUGGCGCGCCCGGGCCCCGUCCAGCACCGCUAGGGCCUCGCGCCGGCCGUUUGGCAGGCUUGGCCAGGGCCUGGCGCCAUCUGGCUCGGAUGCUCAUCAAUGAACUACCGGGAACCAGCUGCCUUGCUGGGUCUCCCUUGUCAAGGCCCGGCGCCGGCCUUGCUUCGAGCGCCCAAUCUGGCACCGCCCCGGCACGAAUCUGGCGCGCGCGCGCGCCCUUCCGCUAGGCCGCCUUUUGGACGGGCCGGGCAUAUCACAACAAACGGGCCUUGGCGCCGAAAGCCCACCAAGGCCCGGGCGGCCGGCCCCUUGCUCAAGCAGGCGCGCACACAAACAACGAACUGCAGCCGCGGCCCCGAGUGAGGGCCCGGCCGGUUGACCCGCGCAGGCAGUCAACAAACGCAAAGAGAAGCGCGCCGCAUGUUGCGGCAGGGCCGAGCGAGGCGUCCUGGACAGGGAACCGAGGCGGGCCCGCCCCUAUUACACCGCAAGCCGUCGCGCCGGCCCCCGGCCGGCAUCUUGUUUGGGGGCAGUCUGCCAGCCAGGCGAAACAGAGCGAGGCGGCCUCGCCGAUGGGUGCCAAAAACUGAAGCGGCCCAUAGGAACUCGCACAGCGAAAAUCUGCGUCACUUGCGCUCAACUCCGGCCGCGGCCACCUAUAUUCCAGCGCCGUGGGCCCUUCUGGUGUGGCUCAGAGCGCUGGGAAUGAAGGCGGUUGGCUUGGCCAUGGACGCUCAAACCCCCUCGCAGCGCGGGCACCUGCGCCACCUUCUUGCUCCCAAGCCGGCCCGGGCGGCCGCCUACCUUCCGGCACCCGGGACAGAACUCUUCUGGUGAGUCCCAGGGCGUUGGGAUGUUCGCGGCCGGUUUGGCCACGGGAACAUCUGCGCCCGCGCGCGCCUUGCGCCCAAAUGUGGUCCGUCGGCUACCUUCCAGCGCUUUGGGCCCUUUCGGUGUGGCUCAGGGCGUUGGAAUUUAAAGAGCUGGCUCGGCCGUGGAAGCUCGCAGGCGAGCCGAGGCACAGAAAACAUCGGGGCCACCUUUGCCCAAAUCCAGGCAGCCGUCUAUGCUCCAGCGCGCUCGCUAGCUGGACGCUUCUGGCGCGGCUCAGAGCGCUAGAGUGUAGGCGGUUGGCUUGGCCACGGAAACUCGCACAGCGCACAUCUUCGCCACUUUUGCUCAAGUGACUGAGCCCAGGCGGCCACACUCCAGCGCCGCUCGCUGACCCUUCGCUCUGGUGUGGCUCACGCAAAGCGAACAUAACAUCUGCGCCACUUUUGCUCGAGUGACCGGGCCCGGCCGCCUACACUCCAGCGCCCUUGUUUGACACAUCUGGCGUGGCUCAAAGCGGGCGCGGGGGGGAAUGUAGGCGGCUGGGCUGGCCACGGGCAGCUGCAGAGUGAGCGAACACGCGCGCCACCUGCGCUCAAAUCCAGCCGCCUACGUACAUUGCAACACCCUGCGCCCUUCUGGCGUGGCUCGGUGCGCUGGAGUGAAUCAAUGCAGACGGCUGGCUUGGCGGGCCACAGACACUCGCAGAGCGAGCAUCCACGUCGCCUGCGCUGAAAUCCAGCCGCCUGCAUUCUAGCGCCCUGGGCCCUUCUGGCGGGGCUCAGAGCGCUGGGGUGUAGGCGGCUGGUGUGGCCACGGAAACGCGCAAAGGGAACAUCGACACAACUUGCGCGCAAGUCCAGCCGUCUAUAUUUCCAGCGCCCUGGACUCUUCUGACCCGGCUCAGAGUUGGCGCCGGAAUCUAGGUGACUGGCCCGGCCAUGGAAGCCAACUCGCGAAGCGAACAGCUGCGCAGCUUCUGCUCAAAUCCAGCCGCCCGCCUGCAAGCGCUCUGGGCCCUGCUGCUGAGGCCAAGGGCGCUGGAAUAUAGGCGUUUGAUUUGGUCACGGAAGCCCGCACGGCGAACAGCCGCGCAAGUUGCGCCCAAUUCCAACCCGCCGCCUAUGCGAAGGCGCUCUGGGCCCUUCGUUCUGGCGUGGCCCCGGGCGUUCUUUGGUUGGAAUGUAGGCGGCGGUCUUGGGCACGGAAACUCGCACAGAGAGCACCUGCGCCGCCUGCGCCCAAAGCCAGCCGCCCGCAUUCCAGCGCCCUGGGCCCUUCUGGUGUGGUUCAGAGUGAGCGCUGGAGCCUACCUAGGUGGCGGGCUUGGCCCUGGACACUCGCAAGGCGAACAUCCAUGUUACCCGCGCGCAAAGCCAGCCGCCUCCAUUCGUUCCAGCGCUAUGGGCCACACCAGAAGGGUCCAGGGCGUUGGAAUGUAGGCGGCUGGCUUGGGCAGGGAACGGGAAGCCGCAAAGUGCGCGAACACCUGCGCAACUUGCGCUCAAAUCCUUCCGGCAUGCUAUGUCCCAGCGCCCUCGAUCCUUCUGGCGAGGCCCAGGGCGCUGGAGUGUAGGCGGCUGACUUGGCGGCCUUGGAAACUCGCAAAUCAGGCAGACAGCCCCGGGCGGUUUCUGUUUCUAAUUAUUUCCUAAAAGUGGGCUAAUUGGGGAGCUUGAUGGGUGUCUUGUUGGCAACAGGGGGGCCGCGUUUGGCCGCCCCCGGGGCAAUGGCGUGGCGCCGGUCUUUGUGUGUGUUUUGUGGGUACCGGGAACGCCCCGGAAGGUGUGGCGCGUCGACAAUCGGGGGCCCGCCGCAUCUCUCUGUGCAUCCGCACCGGGCCCGAGGUGCAGCCAGGCUUCGCAUUUGGGGCCUUUGCCGUUUUGUCAUUCCUCUCGGGAGGGCGCCAGGGUUCCCGGACUUCGGUCUGUGUGUAGUGCCCUCUGCCGCGUGGGGCCCGCGCCCUGAUUCCGGGGCCGGGGCGACAGGGGUUCAUGCCUUUGGUAUGUGUUCUCCACCUUUUCCUGGGGCGGCCGUCCGGUAUUCUCUUCUUGGAAGAAUCGGCGGGGCCUCGGGAAGAAGGCCCGCUUUUGCUUGCUAAAACACCUCCCGGAAAAUCCUAAUUUGAAAUUCUACACCGCCGCUAAUCUGUUUCGGACCCAAUUCUGGACCCGAAAAAUGCCCUGGCUAAUUGGUACCUAAUUUGUUGCUAAUUGGUUGGCUAAUUGGUUGGCUAAUUUGCAUCGGGUGGGAAUUUCGUGUGUGAUUUCGCUUAUAUCUCGGGCAUAGGCAAAAUCGCACUUGUUUUUUGCGUAGUUCUGCAAAUUAGACAGGGUCUGGGGCCUUGGGGUUCUGCAAAUUAGACGCAAGUUAGACCACCAAUUAGAACAGGGGGGCAAAAAAAUUAGACUACAAAUUAGCAAGGGUUUUUUCGGGGGUCCGCCAGGUUCCGGAGGGCGUUCCGGGAGUUGUUUUAGACACCAAUCAGCCAGCUUUUCUGCCUUUUCCGAUUCGCAAAUUAGCCGGCUUCGUUGUCUCCUGUUUCGGAUUUCCCUUCUGUGUUCUCCUCGCCCGGGUUCGGCGCACGCGAUGUCCUCUCCGGUCCGUUUUUUGAGUGCUUGGGGGUGGUCAGGUUGGCUGGGCGAUGAUGCUCGAGGUCGGGGGGCCAUGUUUUCGUGGUGUCGAUCCCAUGUCCCGGUCGUCGGGACAGCGUGUGCCAAUUUCGCUGCUUGGGCGCAGGCAGACCCACAUCCGGAAGGUGUCCUUGGUUGUGUUUCUUUUGCCGGGCGCAUGUAUUGCCAUCAACAUGCUUAGCCCAUCACUCGGACUUUGGGCGCCUGUCGUUUCAGGUGGGCUCGCCGAGGGUCGCCCCUUCGUGUUUUUUAGUACUCAAAUUAGCCAAGAAUCAGAAUCCAAUUAGAAGAAAAGGUCGCCCGGGCCUGUCUGCCUGAUCGCAAAACAAACAGCCGCGCAGCUUGCUUGCGCGCAAAUCCGGCCGCCUACAUUCCAGCGCCCGCUCUGGACACUUCUUGCGUGGCUCGGAGCGCUGGACUGUAGGCGGCUGCUGCGGCUCAAAGCGCUGGCUUGUAUGUAGGCGGCGGGGUUGGCCACGGGAACGCGCGCAACGAACAUCUGCACAGCCUGCGCCCAAAUCCAAGCGCACACAUUCCAGCGCUGACCCUGGGCCUUUGUGGCGACGCUCUUCGCGGUCGCUAAAACUGAACACGGAGUCAGGUCCUGAAUUGCACAAAUUUCGCCUUUUUUGAAAACCUUCAGAAGACUCAUACCUUCAAUAGGUGCGUUGUAACCUUCAGAAGAUUUUUGAACCAAAAAACCUUCUGAAGGUUCGCCAAAAAUAAUUCUUGACCUUCUUGAAGGUUUUGGCCUUCUGAAGGUCGUUUUUUCCAAACCUUCUGAAGGUGGAAAACGAAAGUUGCCACUUUUUCUCAAAAAACGCGAAAAAAAUGACGCAGCUUUUUUUGACCUUCUGAAGGUCGAAAAAUCUUCCUGAAGAGCUUCGGAAGAUUAUGCUUUCAAAACCUUCUGAAGCUUUCUUCUGAAGGUUUUGUUAACUUUGCGUUGUUUAAACAAAAGCAAAAGGCUCCAACGUUGACUCAAACUGCGCCCGGCCCGUGAUGGGGUUCCGGCUGACGCCAAGCGAAAGCGCAACCUUUUCAGCAGAGGUGCCGGCGCUGUGCCAGUCGGACGCUUUUCGCCGUGUGAAAAGAGCCUGACUGGGUAUCGUUCGCGUCUAGAUGCUUCGCGCACUUCCCUCGGGAUUCUGGGCCUCGGGAGCUCGAAGACCUUCGCGAAACGGAGCGAAAAGUCACUGACUUCGCACGUUUCCAAAAUUCUCACUCUGGGAAGAGUGAACGCGCCUCCGAUUCCAGAGUGAGAAUUUUUCAAAUUUGAGAAGUCACUGACCUCUCACUCCGUUUUUCGAAGACCAUCGAGAAACGGAAGGAGAAGUCAGCGACUCCUCACUUUUCCAAAAUGAAAACAAACUUUUCAGAAGUGUUGCACUUUUCCAAAGUGAAAUCUUUCCAGAAAUGAGAAGUCAGUGGCCCCCAGAAUGAAAGCUUUCCAGUGAUUUCCAAAAUGAGAAACGGAAGGCAGGCCCCUUGUUUCUCAAAAACUUUUCCAGACAGAAGGCAGGCCACUUGUGACCCAUGCGCGCACGCGCGGCGCGUUUGCGAAAUUCCCGCGCUGCCACGCCUCGAAAGCCUUCGGGGAAGUUUUCUGGCUAAUCAUUCCGUCAGAGGGCUGCGAGCCAUGCGCUUUGAUUUGAAAGCAAUUGCUUCGGACCUGAGUGAUGUAUAUACUUUUUCCCACGCGGCGCGCGCCGCGUGGAUUGGUUCUUACUUACAGACGAAAGAAAAGCGGCGCCGCCCGCACCAAAAACUAAACGAAAGAAACCAUGGCGGCGCCGCCCGCAUUUGAGACCGCAGCGGCCCCACCCGCAUAAGAAAAAAGCCUUUGGCUUGGCCGAACAACCCGCCGAAGGGCGUGGCGCCGUGGGUGCUUCGGGUGUUGCCGUUGUUUCGGCCCCAAGCAAGUGCGAGGCGCGCAGCGCCAUCGUAAAGAAAGACGAAGAUCCCGCGCGCAUUGCAAACCAACCUUCUUGGCGUCGCUUGACGGCGUCCGUCCAAGGCCAUUCGAAGGCCCCCAGUCCGAAGACCCCCCGGAGGCCCCCCGAAGGCCCCCCGAAGGCCCCCCGGAGGCCCUUGAUCGAAGGCCCCCCGAAGGCCCCCCGAAGGGGCACCUCGAGAAAAACCGAAAUUUACUACGCCGGAGGCCCCCCGAAGGGGGUUCAAUGAACCCCCGAAGGGGGGGGUCAACGGAGCCCCUUCGGGGGGCCUUCGAGGGGCCUUCGGGGGGCCUCGAAAAACGAAGGGGUACCCAAGGGGGGUCAAUGAACCCCCUUCGGGGGGUCGAAGACCCCUCAACGACCCCUCAAUGAUCUUAAUCAUCAUUAAUAGUAGUUAAUUAUCGCAUUGGGUCUUCGUAAAAAAUCAAAAUGAACAUUCUCAACCUUGAAGUGAACCGAUCUUGCACUUAUAGUAGGUAUGCAACUUUCCUUUUUAACCUGUCUCACAGCUGCGAUACCGGGCGAGCAAGGAUGUACCACAACGGCUCGAGGUAGCUCCAAAGCCAGAACGCCUCGGGUUCGAGCUGCAUCGUCUGCUGCUCCCUCUGAGUUGCGGCCGCUUCGAGAGGCUGGCUCCGGGAACAACAACAUCCCGCAAGAACUGGCUUCGUCCGCGCCCGGAGGAAGCGACAUCAUUUUCCUUCUUGAAGACGAGCCAGGGAGGGGCGCAGUCGGAGCCGCGCGAAGGAAAUCAAACGUAUCUGAUGCGGUCGGUGGACAUCAGCCAGGCGAGGUCAUUUGUCUCUCCGUCGCGACGCCACGGUCGUGCGCGGUAUUCGGCGUGUCGAGGACUGGGAGUAAAAAGAUGGACGAGGUAAAAAUGAUAAAGCCUGUUCCACGACCAACGCUGCUUGCAGAUGACCGGGGCGUGGUUUUGGUGGAUUCGGACCCUCCUGCAAAAUGUGCUAGUGGCGAUACUACACCUGACGAGCAAGCGGCAGAAGUGAUCGCGCAAGAUCAACCGUUGACUCUAGUAGAUGUUGACGAGAGACAGCAAAACAAACCAAGAAAAUCCUUUCUUCGGUCGAUUUUCGAGGUGGCAGCUGCAUCGGCUUCUUCAUCAACUGGGAUUGGGAACAACCACAAACAGCAAAAACGCAAUCAAAUCGCAGGAGUAGUAGAGCAGGGAAGUAGCACGACGACCAACUACACUCCGCGGCAAACUACAUCCACGAGGCUAUGGAACGGUGCAAAUCUUCUUUCCGAAAAUAACAAUACGUCGCGUAGCCAGGUACUACGAAAGCAGGACCUUGAGAGACCCAGCGAUACAUCUCUUGGAGGCGGGAAAGGAAUAAGCGGGCCAUUCGAGUCGUCGUCUUCGAAGCGAACAAGCAAAACCGCGAGCAAGGAUCUCGGUCAAAUAAAGUUUCACCGCCUCAUGGCCAAAUACGAUCUAAAGCGGUAGUUGUCAAAAACCAAAUAAGAUUUCAGCCGCGUGUAGAAUUUGGUGUCCCUAGAAAAAUUGAGUAAAAUCGAACUUGUAAGAUUUGACACGUAUGGUUCGUGUGCCGGAAGAGCAAGAGCUUAAACAACACUUGUAAUAUCGGAGCUGCAAAAGCCUUUGACUUACGUUUGUACUGAAAUCGAGUUUGUAACAAACAACAACCCAAAAAUACAGCUAGAAAACGAGUAGUGGACAUUUUGGCACUAAGUACGGCUGUUUCAAACAAAAUCAGCAAUAGCAAGGUCUGUUUCACCGAGCGUCCAAAGAU